AUGCCCCAGGCUGUCAUCCGCGUGGUGGCCUCGCACCCACGCGUGCCGUCCCGCGGCUGCAGCCACCUCGACGCUAUUCCCCUCCCCCGGCACCUCUGGCCCCGUUGUCGCGGCGCUCGCGGGAGCUUCUAUACGACCCUCACGCCUGUCCUCCCAAACCCGCAGCGCCCCAGUACCCUCCGGCGACCCAGCCGGCCCUCUGCGCCAUCGCCUCACAGCCACACCGGUCUGCCCUCCUCUCUGCGCAAGAUUGACAGCCUGGAGGUCAUGGUGCCUGAUGUGGCGCUGCGUGCAUCAAAUGCUUACAAAGCUUCUGGGCCCCAAGAUGAUGAGGGUUGUCCAGCAUAUGACCUCCUCAUGGUUGAUGAUUUAGGUGAUUCCCAAGGUGCAAAAAAUAAGACCUCUGAUGGAUACUAUGGUUUCCACCUUUCAUUACUGCCGUGGAUGUAUCCUACUAAUAUUGCUGGAGGCACUUUAGUUUUAGCAAUAUUUAGUGCCAAGAUCUAG